AUGGGGAAGUCAAGCAAGAGGCUUACGCAAGUAGCUCCAGAGGGGUCAGAUGUAGAGACCAAGCGGAUCAGAAGACCGAUUGUUGAAGAAAUGGCCAGGACGCUCAUUGAUCUCCAAGCCAGAGCGCUUUCUUUUAAGGAUCAUUAUGGUGAAUACGGAGCUUUGUUUAAACAAAAGCAGAAACUCUAUCCGUGGUUGACAAGGGACAUGGUGACAGGUAAGAAGACAAGAAUCCUUAAGCAACAAAAAGUGAAAGCUGUUACAGUGGCACAGCAACAGGAGGAGGAGCGCAAGAAGAAAGUGGGCCGCCCAAAGGGAUCAACCAAACAAGCCAACAAGGAUGUGACAAAGAAAAAAGAUUUGGCAAAGAUUGUGCUUACAGAGCGCUAUGCAAAUGCUAUGGCUGCUGCUAAGCCAAAGCGGCUGACUAAAGGUGCUUAUGGAAAUAUACAUGAUGCUGUAAUGGAAGAGCUGGAACUUGGCGGAACCGAUUUCUUGAUUCCAAAGACCACGAUCCAGAGUCGAGCAGCAAGCUGGACAACCAUUGCUUUGGCCAAUUCUCUUGUAAAAGGAUCCGAACUAGAAGACAAGUUGAAAGACUUUCAUAGCAAGAUCAAAGUUCAACCAACAGAGUUGCUCGGCAAGAGAUGGUUCAAAGGUUUCAUGAAUAGACAUAGAGAUAUCUUGAACACUGGGAGAGGAAGCAAGCAGGACAGAGCAAGGAAGGACUGGACAACAUAUGAGAACGUCCAACAAAUGUACGAGUUAGUGUACGAGCAAAUGCUGCGAGCUGGAAUUGCAGUGCGCUUACCAGAAAGUGAACACUAUUGGGUUGGCAAAGAGGGGCAGAUUGUUGAUUCUGAGGAUAAGGCAGCUGGCCACAAGUGCACCAUUAAGCUCAUACAUCCAGAGUAUUUGUUGUUUGGAGACGAAGUCGGAACUGAUACUGCCCAAGACCAAGAUGGGCACAUCGGCGGCGAGACAUACAUCAAAAGUGCGGAUGGUCAAAAGGUGGAACUGCUGAGUACAAAGGCCAGUGGUCGCUUCACUGUGAUGGGUCUGACUGCUGCAAGUGGGGAUCCAGUGAUGUGCAUUGUUAUCAUUGCUGGCAAAGAGUUGGCUUUUGAAGAUUACACCGGAUUUGAUCACCAAUCUGAAGCAAUAUAUGACGGGACCAAGACAAUAGAAGAGAACUAUGGUCCUGGAAAGGCGCUUCCAGGACUUCCAGUAUGUGUCUUCAGAGGAAAGGAAGUGCCUGGUAUGGUUGCGGUGUCUCCAAAGGGAUCAAUGACUUCCGAGAUUCUCAAGAAAGCGUUGGAGACAUUGGACAAACUUGGGGUCUACCCACGAACCCUGCACGGACCAACACCAAUGUGUCUCUUUGAUGGCCAUGACAGCCGCCUUCAAGUUCCCUUCCUUGAAUACAUCAACAGUAAGGACGAGUUCCAGAAUCCACUUUGGAUCGGCUGCAUUGGCUUGCCAAACGGAACCGCAAAAUGGCAGGUUGGCGAUUCUGUACAGCAGAAUGGAUCCUUCAAGAUGGCCAUGACAAGGGAGAAAAAGAGAUUGGUAAUGCACAAGAUUAGAAUGAUGCAUCCAAGUAUCGACAUCAAGCGAUCGGAUAUCAUACCUUUGAUCCACAAAGCGUGGACUGUGUCCUUCGCUCGGAAAGAACAAAAUCUCCAUGCCAUCAUCGCAAGAGGAUGGUACCAUCUUGACAUGAGACUGUUGAAAGACACAGAUAUCUUGAACACACGGGUGGCUCAUGUCAACACUCCCGAACGAUCCACUGCAGCAUUGGACGAUUCUGGAACUCCACCAACUCCCCGAACAGCAGGAACUCCCGAAUUGGUUGAUUGUAAUGCUACUGCUGACAACAUUGGACCCUUAGCGCUCCUCAACAUGAAUGUUGGCAAUAGCGAAAUCAUGAUUGAUCUUGUUCAAUAUAUGCGCAAAAAUGCUGGCGCCCAAGCGGCUCUGCAAGAGCGCAAGAGAAAGGUUGCUCUACGAGGCAACGCCCAUGAAGGGUUCUUUAAAGCAUCUUCAAGAGCGGCCAAGUCCAUCUGGGAGAAAACUCGCAUGCAAAAGUAUGAAAAGCUCGAACACGAUCGGCAAAAGCUCAACACCAAACCAAUCACUGUGAGUCAACUUGCCAUAUGGUUCAGCGUUCGGAAGACGAAGGCAGACAAGAUCCCAAAGCGGAAGGAUCUACAGAUUGCAUUGAUGGAAGAAUGGGCUGGUCGACCGAUCCUAACACUCAAACAAUAUCUUCUUGAUCAAGGCAAAGAUGAGAUGUAUGUAAAUAUGGUCUUUGCAGAAAGAGCCAGCAUCGCAGCAGAAGCAGAGGAAGGAUCUGAUGGGGAUAACACAUUUUGCACUGGAUUCCUGUGCAACUGUGAUCGAACAAGAAAAGCUCCUCUGAUGCUGGAUCUUCAGAGGAUCUACUGCAGGGAAGUGGAUUAUCAUCCAAAGACGGUCAGCAAAGCACAAGAUAUGUUGAAUAUUCACAUGGAUGUGAUCAAGAAUCCGGGAGUGAACCUUUACCAAGGAAAAUACCAGCCAAAUAAAGGUAAAGGUAAAGGUAAAGGUAAACCAAAGGACGAUAAGAAGAAGGCAGCAUGUUAUGUAUGUGGCAAAGAGGACCAUAUGUCUCCAAAAUGCCCAAACAGACUGCUACCAGAGAUUCAAUGGAAGCAUCCGAAACACUAUGUUGAUUAUGGGAAGAAGCUCAAUCUUAAUCAGAUUGGAGCCAUUGUCCCAGCUACAACUGUCCCAGCUACAGGCUUCUCCAGCGACAAGUGCUAUCACUGGUGCAACAUCGAGUGUUGCGGGAAGUGUUAA